UAAAUCAAAUAUCAACAAACGUUAUGGCGAUAGACGAUAGAUUUUCCUGCGAGUUUUCGUUUGCCUUCAGUAUUUCAUUCUAGUGCAGAAUUUUUGAAACAAAAUGUGCUCCCCCUUCUGUUUUUUGCUCAGUCGUGAUGGCUUCUCACCUUUCGGGGAUUUUCGAAGUGAAGUUAACAGUUUGUGUGUCGUGCCUUGUUGCAGCUGAUACGCGAGUAGAAGAGGUUAACUUCUACCCGAAACAUCAAGAAACCGAAUGCUUUCGGUUUCCGUUUUCAUUGGCCGUCCAAUUUACAACCUGACAAAAAAAGAAAUUAAAACUUAGGGAGGAAUGGAGGCCCAAACUAUCGACCUAGGUUUGGGUGAGAGCCAACUAUUCUCAUUUUCGUCUGAUCUCAUCUCUGGAAACGAUCUUCCAGUCAUUGUUGAUCUUGCUAAUGUCAAUACACUACCAACAGUUUCAGAGGGUAACAUCUUAUUGGACGAAAAUGGCAUUGCUUACCUCAGUAUUCCAAUUGCAUUCGUGCAAGAUACGCAACAGCCGACAGCAGACCCCCUUGCCAUCGAUCUCAAAAAUAACUUGGCUCCUGUCGCCUCUGUUGCUGCUCCUGCACCCGUCGUUUACAUUGACUCUAGUCAGCUGGCUCUUCUCAAUAACCAAGAGCUGGUUUUCACCAAUCCACCAGCCUCAACGAUGCAAAAAUCCUUGAGCUUAAACAGCCACCUGGAAAUUCUGGGCGAUCCUCAAGACAAACAAACUUUGAUCAGCUUGCCAAGUCUUCCUGAUGGAAGCGUUGAUAUAAGUUCAAUUGAUCUUUCAAGCAUAUGCAUUAAUCCCAGUGUAGCAUUUAAUAUAGUAUCACCGAAAGUGCCAGAAAUCCCUGCAGAGCCAGUUACCAAAGUCGAGCCCAGUGUUAGCGCAGUCAACAAGGUUGUGGAAGUAGAAGCGCAGCAGAAUUUAGAAUCUGAGAAGAAAGGACCUCCAUACAGGUGCAAUAUCUGUGACCAGGAGUUUGUGAUGCUCCAUGCCUUCCGGUCUCACCAACGCUCACACAGAUACGAGAAGCCAUUCAAAUGCAAGGACUGUUCAGCAUCAUACAAUCACGCUUCAAAUUUGGUACUGCAUGAGGUGAUUCACACAAAGGACGCGGAGCUUCGCUGUCCCGAGUGCAAGAAGAAGUUCAACAGGCUAGCCAGUCUCAAGGCGCAUAUCAUGGUGCAUGAGAAGGAGGAAUCAUUGUGCUGUCCAGAAUGCGGGGAUGAGUUUUACAGCCAGGUCGACUAUGUCGAACAUCUUAUGGUCCAUGAAGCUGAGUGGCGUCAGCCAAAAAUCACAGAAAAAGAAUACUCUUGUAAACAAUGUAAAAGAUCGUUCAACUCUGCUGGGUCUCUCCGUGAUCACAUGAAGAAUCAUUACACACUGAAAAGAGUAAUUAGCUCCAAGAAGUACAGGCGAGGUUCCCUCAGGCCAAAAGGUUACAGUGGGAACAAGUGUGACAUCUGCGAAAAGCAAUUCCAAAAACCUAGUCAAUUACUCAGGCACAAGAGGAUACAUACAGGAGAACGACCAUACAAGUGCAACAUAUGCCCUCGAGCUUUUAGUCAAGCAGGAUCCUUGAAAAUUCAUAUGCUCAAGCAUAAUGGAAAAAAACCGUACAAAUGUUACUUUUGUCAAGCAACCUUUAGCCAAAAAGGUAAUUUAAGGUGUCAUGUCAAGCGAUUACAUGCAAUCCCGCCAUCAGGAACAACUGUAUAUGAGUGUAACAAAUGUGCCUGUGUUUUUCGCAAAGUUGGCAGUCUUAAUGCUCAUGUCAAUCGCGCUCACCGAGAUUCAUCAGUUCGCGGUGAAAAAGAGAAAAAGCUGGAACAGUCCGAAGUUGAAGCUGCAAGUGAAGAUGGUCCUUACGAACUGGUGGAUCAAACUAGUGACAUUAAGAAAGAAAUUGAUUCCAACAACACCUCUUUUGUUGAGCACACGUCAGUCUUGAAUAAUAACAAAAUGCAAAUAACCAAAUUGACACUGAAGCGCUCAGGAGGCGUGAAAUGGCACUUAUGUAUGUUUUGUCGGAAAGAAUUCAAGAAGCCCUCCGACCUCAUCAGACACAUCCGAACACACACUCAUGAAAAACCAUUCAAAUGCACUUUCUGUGAUAAAGCAUUUGCGGUUCGAUCCACCCUGAGCUCUCAUAUGAGAACACACAUCGGAAAGAGUUAUUCUUGUAGCUACUGCCCUAGAUCAUACUCAAAUCCUAGAGCCCUCAAAUUACAUAAAUCAUCUUUUCAUUUGUCACCGAGUGAAUGGGGUAAGGCAGCAGUGUGGCCUCCAGAAUCUGCAGAUUCGGGGGUUGGUGCAAUCACGGUCCAAUCUGAAACCAUCAAAUCUGAAAACGAGCCAAAUGAAAAUAUUCCAUUAAAACUCAAGUCAUCCAAAAUACCUACCAUCAUUCAUGCAAAGAUUUUAGAUCACAAACCAGAGAAAAUUGCUGCUCCGCAAAAAUUGACCUUUUUAACAGAGCUUGACUCCACAAAGCAGUCGGGACAGAAACAAGAUUCCAAGACUACCGCUACACAUAGACCAUAUGCUUGCACUGAGUGUAAUCUAAGAUUCAGCAAGACAUCACAUCUUAAAACACACAUGCGGAAACACACGGGGGAGAAACCAUUCCAAUGUAAUAUUUGCAAAAAGUCAUUUGUUACUGCUGGAAUUUUGAGAGUUCAUGCGCGAUCACACAUUGGAAUAAAAAAUUUCUCAUGCAGUGAUUGUGGAAAAUUAUUUUCUACACGUGGAAGUUUGAGGCGCCAUUCUGCAAUCCAUAGUGAAAAUGACCAGUUUGCUUGUCCCCAUUGUCAGAAGACUUAUAAAUGCAUAGCUAGCUGUAAAAAGCACAUUCAAACCCAUCGCUUUGAUAAAGAAAUCCAAAUAGAAAAGAAAGGAGAAUCUGCAGAAAAAGAUGAACCAACAACCUAUGACGAUGUUGUGUAUAGUUUAACUGAAGAACUAACCUCGGAAGAUGUCGUGUUCAGUGGUGUUGAAGGUCAGUUUAGGCUUUUAGAAGAACCAGCUGAGAAGAUAACAGAGGAAAUUGUUUAUGCUGAGACUAGCAAAGAAAGUGGUUGCGAAGCUCACAUCAACUCCGAUGAAAACAGAUCCGCUGGACAAACCUUAUCCCAAGAAAGCCUGCAAGAAAUCGAGGACUCGUUGAAUCAGCAGCUGUUUGGCGGAAAUGUGAGCGCGGUUACAUUAGACAAAGACCAAGGGACCUGUCAAACCAUCAUCAAUUUCGACCGAUCUUUCAACAACUGCGUCUUUUCGUCAAUAGAGAUUCCCAGCGAUGAACUUGUCUCAGGACUCAAUCAAGUUAUCGUUACCUCCUCCAGUUCUGGAGUAACCAAUAUCCUGCCUCAAAACAUAAAAAUUAUAAAUGAGUUUAGAUGUGAAGUGUGUGAUUCUACAUUCGGAAGCAAUUUAGAUCUGGAGUCGCAUAGAUUAGUGCACACAACUCUAGACCCUGUGGUGGUAACGUCUGGAAUACCCAUAACAUCAGUAUUAGGGACCUCUGUCGAUCCAGCCGCAUCAAUCACGACUUUUGCUCCGAUACUGUCAGCAGAACCUGAACUUAUGUCGUCUUCGAAGACAGUGAGAGCUAAAACUAGCAGACGCAAAUCAAGGCCAGUAGGCAGACGAAAAUCAUACAAGUCAAAAGCACUGGGAUCUUAUCAUGUAGAUAACAGUGGUGCUGAGAAUAGGGAUGAUCAGACGAAAGCAAGCAUAAAUUUCUCGAUCGAGUGCCCAGUGUGUCAUGAAGAAUUCCCCUCAGGUGUUGCAUUCCAGACGCACUUGGAAACACUCAACGAUGAGCAACAUUCAUUGGUGACAACACAUGACCUGUUAAACCUUCAAACAAUCAUUAAUUUAGAAUCAUCAACAAAGAAAAAAUCAAGAUGGAAAAGAGGUGCUGCGCGAGUUUUGACGGAAGAUGAGAGAAAAGAACUUGCCAAGGUUCAGCCGGAGACGGUUUCCUCUGUAUCAGAAAAGGUCUUAAUUUCUCUAAUAGCAGAGAAAGAUCGGGUCAAUGACAUCAAGGAGCCAGAGGAGAAGUUUGAAAAAGAGCCAAUGCACCAGCACCAAUGUAAAUACUGUCCAAAGAGCUUCCGCAAACCGAGUGAUUUAAUCCGUCACUUACGAAUCCACACAGGAGAACGACCGUUCCAAUGUCAGAUUUGCUUGAAGUGCUUCACUGUUAAAUCCACGCUUGAAUGCCAUCUAAAAACACACAGCAUUGGCAAAAAACACUUCUCGUGCCAUGUUUGUGGCUAUCAUUUUGCGACAAAAGGCAGCUUGAAAGUUCAUAUGCGGUUGCACACAGGAGCUAUGCCGUUCCGUUGUCCAAUCUGUAGUCAACGUUUUCGAACAUCUGGCCACCGCAAGACUCACUUGCUUAUGCACAUGAAAAAUGGGAAAAAAGAAGCGCUAAACCUCAAUGAGAAUGUUCUCAAUGGUAUGCAGACCAUAGUAAUAUCAAAUGACAUGGAACAGGAUACAGUAAUUACAUCCGAAAUCCCUUCAGAAACUGAAGUUAUCGCAGAGGAUAAUAUUGUUUCCUCAGACACAAUCAUCGCAACCAAAGACUCUCUUGUUGUUCAACCUCUCUCUCUGUUAAACUCUGAUGCAGACAAAAAUGUCUAUGUGCAAACGUUCCACACCUGUCGCGAGUGUGGCAAAAGUUUCAAGAAACUAUCCCAGCUUACAAGGCAUGUCCGCAUUCAUACUGGAGAGCGUCCGUUCAGGUGCACUGAGUGCCCAAAAGCGUUCAAUCAGAAAAAUGCGCUUGUCAUGCACAUGAAACGGCAUACUGGAGAGAAACCAUGGUCCUGUCCUGAGUGUGGUGCCGCUUUCGCACAGAAGGGCAAUCUUCAGCAGCACAUAAAGCGGAACCAUAAGCACCGUCCUUUCGUGACCACACAAGACUUAACAGCCCAAACGCAAGAUCUGGACAAGGUCGCAAGUAAGCCUCGUGCACGAAAAACACCUAUUUCAAAGCCUGUUAUGAUCACGGCAAACAUAACAGACAAAACCCACAAUCUGCAGAAGGCUACAAGCAAGCCCCGCGCGAGAUGUAUCUCCACUCCAAAGCCUGUGGCAGUUAUGCAGGACCUAAACGAGCAAACCCUUGAUCUUGAUAAGGUUAUAAUAACGCAUGACAUACAAAACGUUCCUAUUUCAAAGUCUACUACGAUCAUACAGGACCCAAUAGGCAAAACUUUCAAUAUGAACAAGAGUACGACUAAACCGCGCGUACGACGGAUUGCUCCUUCAAAGCCUGUCACUGUUACGCAGGACCUGUCGAACCAAACCUUCAACUUAGUAGAGGAGAUGUCUCAAAAUAUCUCCAUUUCAAAGCCGUUUAUAAUCGCACAAGACGUGACAGAAAAGACCCAGAAUCCGGUCAAGCCUGCCAGAAAGCCUCGUUCUCGACGUAACCCUCCGGUGAUGCCCGUAAUGGUUACGCAGAUCCUGCCGGACCAAACCAUUGAUCUGGACAAGCACCAUGAACAAGACAUCUCUACUUCGAAACCUGUCACGAUUACGCUUGAUCUAACAGACAAAACACUCGAUUUGGAAAAGGUCAUGAAUGAUCUGUUCCCUCAAAUGAAGCACGAUUCUUUGAACUGAAAAGCUAACCAGGAUCUCGAUUGAGCUUAAACUGCUACAACACACAUAGUCGUAUGUAGGAGACAGAGUCAUAUAAAAAGGUUAAGUAAGCAGGAGCUCUGAAAUGGAUGACAUUGUGUUCGAAUUGUUUUGAAUUAAGUUCCUUUUUUAUGUAGAUUUCUAAACAAAUUUCUAUGAAUGAGACCAGUUAAGCUGUUGCAUGAAGGAGCUUAAGUUUUUCUGUGUCGGCAACAUUUAUGAGUUCUAUUAUCUUUUUGGAAGCGCCACUAUAAGUUUUAACAAAAUUCAUUUUCGUUUUACUUUUCAUUUACACAGUGCACUGCAUGAUCAGAAUUUUAUGUUUGGACUUGUCGCCUAUCAUAUUUAAGCACUUUUUUCACACCAGCCUCUAUCAGGUUCUAAAUUAAUUUAUUUCAAAUUCUAUUGCAAGCAGGUUGCUGUAUUCAUCUGUGAUGAGAAGAAAUUUAAAUUAAGCCUCGCAAAUGUCAUAAGUUUCGUCCACAAUGCGCACUUUAUCAAUCCCUCCUUUAGUUUUAGGUUGUCUGAAAUGUUUGUUCUGAAACUAAACUGUGGAGUCCUAUUCCUAAUUGACCUCUUUCGUACAAUUAUGAACACUUGUGCCCCUGAAAUGGAAAAAUUUGCGCUUUUGAAAUAUUAGAACUGAGAUGUGCAUAUUUUUCCUAGGCUGAACCCUCUUAAAUUGAGGUUGUCUCAUUGAGGCAUUCAAUCAUACGUAUUUGAGUACCCACCAGAUAAAUAUUUCUGAAAUCUCGAAUUUCAUAAUUUCAGUUGUGAAUAUUUUUUUUCUCAUUUUCAAUACUCAACUGAUCGGUUGACCUGUCCUAUGGUAGCAUGAAACCUGGACCUUAAUUAAAAUGUUUUACCAAAAUUAAUCGAAAAUUUACCAAAGGAUUAUCGUGGCAGGUUCAAAUAUUUUAAUUAAUUGUAACAUAAUAUGGCUAAUUUAAUUGGAGUCCUAUCAAGUCCUCUAGAUGAUUAUCCAGGUAUUAAAGUGCCUGAAAAAAUUAAUCCCAAACUGCGGGCAGUAAUGUUUAUCGAUUGAAAGUAUGUAGUUCAUGUGCAAUGGUUUUCCGAAAAUUCGAAAUGUCUCCAUUUUUACUGCUGUCCCUGUCUUGUUUUUUCCAAUUUAAGUUGUGUUUGUCGUUGAUUGAUUGCUUGAUUAUGCUACAAAUUAUGAUUUGAGUAGAUUUUUUCUGACGGAAGUAAGCAUUCAAAUGCAAGAAGAUCCAAUUACUGUCUUAAGUAUGUAUUACCGAACUUCCUUGAUUUUAUCAUCUCUUUCCUUGAAUCACGAUGACACUGAUGUCAUCAGAUAUUCUUGGUGUUGACACGUUGCCUUCCACUACUGUACUUCAAUCCAUUUCUGCUGAUUUUAAUUUAAUGAUUUUCUACAAGAAAAAUUCUGUUUACCAAAUCUGACUUAAAAAGUCAGUAAAAGCCAGAAUAAUUUAUUUUCUUUUUUUUCAAACUUGAAUGGCAGAUCUUCACCAAAAACUGAUUAAUCUACCGCUUUGUAGAAAUUGAGGAUAAUCUCAUUUUUCUUACAAUUUCCAAUAAUGAGAAUCCGUCAAUAUCUGACCUCAACUCGUUAAAUAGCAGUUUCAGGUCUUAGUUUUUUGGCCUGUUUGAAAAUUUUUGGGGUCGUCAACAUUUUUCUUGUCUGGGCUCUGGCAUCUCACAAAUUUUCAACUCACUGCCCUUGCAGACAGAAAAUUUUAAUCGUUGACAAUUCCGUAAGAUUUCUUAGCCUUAGAGGAACAGUCGCAAGAUAAGUCAUCAUUUUAAUAUUGGUUUAAAAGAGAGAGAUUCUCAAGAUGCCAUUUAUUUUUGAUCUUCCAUCGUCCUUUUCUUUUUUAAGUAUUUCUUUCUUUUUAAAUUGACUUUGUUUUAUGAUACUCUUGUAACUCAAAGUUUCAAGUCAUGUACAGUUAUUUUUACGUCUAUAGUGUAUUUAUAUUAGCAACUUGUAAAUGAGGAAUUAUGAUAGAAAAGUGAGCAUUUUCUACUCCUGCUCGAAUUGAUUCUAAUUUGCUAACAAUCACAUACCUUAAAGAUUAUCUGUACAGAACAUGUUAUUUAUUAUUAUUGCGAAUGAAAGUUGUUGUUUUUGCUGAUUGAAAAGUUUUACAUGAGCUGGGCUUGACAGUUCAGAUUGUUUGUUCAGGUUUAAUUUUAUUUUUUUUCUACAAAAAACAUACUAAAUUGAUAAUUUUUGUUUAAAAAUAAAACUGUUGUAAAUAAACUA